UGUCAUCUGAACCUGAACGGGGAGUGGAGGAAAGUGCUUCCCACAGGACAACCCUCGGGCGGGUGCAUUUAAUCAGAAGUCAAUGGCCACAGCACUUCUUUAGCUGCAGAGACGAAGCUGUGACUGAAUGACACAUAAAAGGACUCAAGUUUACGAAGCCUGUGUACCCUCCUUUGCGAAAGAAUGAAUAAACAACCAAGCAAGGAAAGCUUAAAAGACAAGGUGAACCGGAUAUUUGGGCUUGGACCCCCACGUCCUCCUAGCAAACAGAGUGACCACAAACAAUCUGAGUUCAUCAUUACAGCUGAUAUCAUCAAGGAGCUCCACUCUGAAUGUGGCCUAAAUAACCGUCUUCGCACAAUAAAUCACAUUUGUGAACUUGCCAAAACAAAAAGAUUUGAGGAGCAUGCAGUGGAAGCAGUGUGGAAAGCUGUGGAGGACAUGUUGACACAGGAACAGCUUCCCGAGGCCAGACAUGCUGUUCUUCAGCUGCUCAGAGCCAUUAUCCAGGGACAGGGUGAAAGACUCGGGGCCCUCAGAGCUUACUUUUUCAAUGUGAUCAGAGACUAUCAACCAUGCAACGAAGAUCUUUCUGAUAGACUGGAAGUCUUUAAGGCUCUUACUGAGAAUGGGAAGGACAUCACAUACCUUGAGGAAGACAUAGCUCGCUUUGUGCUGUUGUGGAUGGACAUAGGUCUUACCUCUGACUUUCUUUAUGUUCUUGUUAAUCUGGUGAAAUUCAACAGCUGCUACUUAGACCAAAAUGUCUCCAUCAUGGUUCAGAAAAUCUGUCUUCUCUGCAACAGAACAACCUCUUCAACAGAUAUAGAGGUGGCUCUUCAAGUCCUUGAUGCAGUGGUGUGUUACAACUGCCUCCCUUCAGACUCUCUUGGAGUCUUCAUCAUCACACUGUGUCGCACAGUCAAUGUCAAAGAGUUUUGUGAAUCCUGCUGGAAUUUGAUGAGGAAAGUGUGUGGGACUCACCUUGGCCACAGUGCUAUUUACACAAUGUGCCGCAUCAUGGAAGAGAGGGUGUACAUGGAAGAUGCGCCGUUGUUGAGAGGAGCUGUGUUCUUUAUUGGAAUGGCGCUGUGGGGAGCACACAGGCUUCCUGCACUCAAAAACACACCCACACUGGUUCUGCCUUCUUUUUACAAGGCCAUGUCUUGUGCCAACGAAGUGGUAUCCUAUGAAAUCGUCCUCUCUAUCACCCGACUGAUCAAGAAAUACGGCAAGGAGCUGCAAGUUGUAACUUGGGAUAUUCUGCUGGGCAUCAUAGAGCGGCUGUUGCAGCAGAUUCAGGCAAUAGGCAGUGCUGAUUUGAAGGCAAUCGUUUAUGAGCUGUUGACAACAGUAGAAGAGCUGCAUGAGCAGAAUGGUUACCACGGUUCCACAGAAAAGUUCUUCAGUCUGGUGGAGAAGUGUGCUGACAAAAGACCUGAUGCGUCAGUCCUGACCCUCAUCUCGUACAGGGCCCAGUCAAUCCAGCCCGCCAAGGACGGCUGGAUUCAGAGCCUUCACAGACUCAUGGAGAAAUUCUUUAGGAAUGAAAGCCGCAGCGUGAUCAGGAUCAAAGUGCUUCACAUUCUGUCUUUUGUUUUAAGCACUAACCGGCAACUGUAUGAGGAUGAGCUGAUAGAAAUGGUAGUGAUCCCCCAGCUUAGUGGCAUUGCUGAAGACCGAGACCUGGCCGUAAGAAAACAAGCUACCCAGCUUUUGGUGGAUUUAGCUGAGGGCUGUAACACCCACCACUUCACCAGCCUGUUGGACAUUAUUGAGCGGGUUGCCAGUCGUUCUCUGGUGUGUUCAGGACCUGUUGACAUUUCAGAGAGGGAGCACACGGCCGAAUCUCCUAUGGAGGAUGUCAGGACUGCGAUUUUGGGACUACUCGAGAUUCUUCAGAGCAAGCUUUACAGUCUGCCAGCCAGCCAUGCCACUCGUGUUUAUGAAUUGCUUAUCAGCCAUUUGCAGCUCCACUACAAGAACAAAUACCAUUCGACGAUUGCUUCUAGUAUCAGGCUACAGGUGUUUGACUUCUUCCUAAUGAUGCGAGCAGACUCUCUUCAUCGUGUUGGUGUCCCCAACAAAGAUGGAGCCAUGAGGUUUAGCCCUUAUUGCUACUGUGAUAUGGGGGAGCCAGAAAAAAGAGCAAAUGAGAAGAAGCCAACAGGUCCAACAUCACCCCCUGCCAGUGGGCCUCCUCCUCCCACUCCUCCACCUUCUUCUGUCACUGCAACAAUACGAUCUGCCAAUCUGCCGUAUUCACCUGCAUUUAAUGUUCUCCUGCAGUGCCUCAAGAUGGAGACUGAUUGGAAAGUGCUGAAAUUGGUCCUGGAGAAGUUGCCUUGGACACUGCAAUACAAAGUUCUGCUGCUAACAUCACCUUGCAGUAUAGACCAGCUUUGUUCUUCUCUCUGCUGCAUGGUUACGGACAGGCUGACUUCAGAACGUUUGAAGAAGACACCGGAAGGAUUUUCAAGAACGGAUGUUCAGCUGGCUGUGGUUCCUGUCCUAACAGCAGUCACCUCCUACCACACCUAUCUGGAGCAAUCAAGACAAAGAGAGUUGGUCCAGUGUCUUGAGACAGGCCUCAUUUACCGCUGUGCCAAGCAGUGUGUGGUGGCUCUUACAAUGUGCACGGUGGAGAUGCCUGACAUCAUGAUCAAGCUGCUGCCUGCUCUUAUUGUCAAGCUCACCCACAUCUCUGCAACAGUUGCCAUGGCAUCUCCAAUGCUUGAGUUCCUUUCAACUUUGGUGCGUCUCCCGCACCUUUAUGCCAACUUUGUAGCCGAGCAAUAUGUUAGUGUCUUCGCCAUCUCGCUACCCUACACGAACCCCUCUAAGUACAACCAGUACAUCGUAUCUCUUGCCCACCAUGUGAUUGCCAUGUGGUUUAUCCGCUGCAGACUUCCCUUCCGUAAAGAUUUUGUUCAGUAUAUCACAAAGGGUUUGCGUUCCAAUGCCCUGCUGCCAUUCGAUGAUGGGCAUGAGCAAAGUUCUUUUCGUGCCCGAAGCACAAGCCUCAAUGAGAGACCCAAGAGUCUUCGGGCGGCAAAAGUGGCGAAGGCGGCAGCGGUGGUAGCCAAUAACAGCAGCUCUCCAGUUAAAGAGCUGAGGGACCUGUCAGCCAUGGACGCUUUCCGAUCCCGCAGCAUCAGUGUCUCCGAUCAUGCGGUCCGCAGGAUGCAAACCUCCUCCACCACCUGCAGUCUGGGAUCCGCUGAUGAAAAUGCAGUAUCUCAGGCUGAUGAGGGGCUGAAAACAGUUCACUUGGAGCUUACUGAGACAUGUCUAGACAUGAUGGCACGAUAUGUCUUUUCCAACUUCUCAGCACUGCCCAAACGAUCUCCAAUCGCAGAGUUUCUCUUGGGAGGGGGUCGCAGUAUGACUUGGCUGGUGGGCAAUAAGUUGGUGACCAUCACCACCAGUGGAGGGAUUCGAACUCAAGCACUGCUUGGCCUGGAUGUGACUGAUCGACUGGGAGGGGCAGGGGAAAUGACCAGGUCUGAUCCAUCACUGCACACUCGAAUAACUAAAGAGGCACCAGCCAAAUUGGAAUCCCAAUCGAGUCAGCAACAAAGCAGAGCCACGCGCAUACGAGUCCGCUCCAUGUCUGGUGGUCACGCUCUUCGUGCUGGUCCUGCUCAAAGUCUCAGCCCCCUUGUGUCCCCAUCUGAGGGGGAGUUAGCUGCUCAGCUCUCACCCUCUUCUGCUCCCACACUGGAUGGUCUUAGCCCUCCCUCCUCCACCUCUGCCACUGUGUCAGCCCCCCCACCACUCAAGGACAACCCUGGCCUGGCUGAAUUUGUCCCCUUGCUCACGCAGGGCUGGGCUGAGAUCUUUAUUAGAAGACCAUCCGGUAACACAAGCUGGUUAAUGUGUCUGGAGAACCCACCUAGUCCCUUUUCAUCCGAGCUCGGCAACAUGCCCCUGCAGGAACUCUCUACUGUCCUCAUGGCGAUGGAGGGUGUGAAGGAACCUCCUCCCCAGACGGUCAGUGCUCCAGCUAGCACAGCUACUCCUGCGCCUACUGAGCACUUCAGCCAAACGCACAGCAGCGCUGGAGUGAAGCCUCACCUUAUCCAGCGCUCCAACACAGACUCAGUAGUGGUGCUGGAAGAAGGCUCGGGGGUCACAACUGCACACACGCCAUCUGAUUGGCUAGAAAGUGAAGAGUUUGAGCCUGUGCCAUCCGACCCUAUUUUCAUUUCUGCCGAUAAGUUUUCAAAAGCACCGCCUCCUGGAACACUCAGUAGGUCUUCUUCCACAUCCAGUCAAGAUGAUGAAAAAUCCACUUUGGAAGAAGUGAGCGAGGGGGCAAUUCCCAUUGAUCAGCCAACUCAGGGGCUCUCCACCCCUGGCAGCCAGGAAUUCCUCUUCCAGAGCAACAGCCAAUCCCAGGGUCAUGGACUAAAUAAGUCCAGCUCCUCCCCAGAGCUUCAGACCUUAUCAGAAGCCUUCUCUAAAGUUGCUCUGGAAUCAGAAACCGUGCAUGGAGACGCAGCCCAGCGCAGAGGACCUUCAGAGGCCAAGGCCCAACCCCCUACUGAGAGGGAGAGUGCAGGAGGAGAUCUCAGUGGACUGACAACACAGACUCAAGUUAUUGAAGGCCCGGCUCCAAGCGGAGGCUCAAGAAUGAGGCUGGAGUUUCCACCAAGUGGAGGACAACCUGGGCCCAUCUCACCCAGUGGGGGUCACAGACCACGGGGCCACACCAUUUCAGUAUCGGCACCAUCCUCCAGGAGAGAGAGGAGGACUGAGAGAGAUUCAUACCACAGUAGACCUGGACCCAGCAAUGCUGACAAGAUGUCUGGGCUGAGCCCGAGCUUUGUAUUCCUCCAGCUAUAUCACUCGCCUUUCUUUGGUAAUGAAGCCAAUAAGCCGCUGCUGCUGCCCAAAACCCAGGUUAUUGAUCGUGCUGUGAAGGUUCUGGACCAGAUGCCUCCUUAUGACACUCAUAAGAUUGGAGUAAUCUUUGUCGGAGCGAGUCAAGUUAACAAUGAGGUGGCCAUCCUGUCAAACGAGUACGGUUCAAACCGCUACGCGGCCUUCCUCACUGGGCUUGGGAAGUUAAUCCACUUGAAGGACUGCGACCCUGACCAGAUCUUCUUGGGUGGGCUCGAUCAGUACGGAGACGAUGGCGAGUUCACGUACUGCUGGCAUGAUGACAUCAUGCAAACUAUUUUCCACAUCGCUACACUGAUGCCGAACAGGGAGAGCGACAAGGGCUGCUGCAAUAAGAAGCGUCACAUUGGCAAUGAUUUUGUCAUGGUGGUUUACAACGAUUCUGGCGAGGAGUACAAGCUGGGCACCAUAAAGGGUCAGUUUAACUUUGUGGAGGUGAUCAUAAAACCACUGGAUUAUGAAUGUAAUCUGGUUUCCCUUCAGUGCCGUAAAGACCUUGAGGGCUUAGUAGAUACCACUGUGGCAAAAAUUGUCUCUGACAGCAACCUCCCGCUGUUGGUCCGACAGAUGGCUCUGCAUGCCAACAUGGCCUCCUUGGUCCAUCAGUACAGAGCCAACCCUUCAGAUGCGUACGCCUCCAAGUGGCUGGCAAGGUUACGGCACAUCAAGAGGAUCAGGACAAGGGCCAACGAAGACAUUCAGUCCCGUUCGACUCCUGGCAUCUCGCUCACGCAGGGACACGCUCAGCCGAACAAAUCUUUGCAGCAGAGCUCUGCAGCGUCAAAUCAAGAAAGCUCGGGCCAGCGUAAAAGGCUCGUUUCAACCGUUGACGACUUCACAGAUUUUGUGUGAUUUACGCACGCACCCACAGGAGAGGUGAUGCCAACCGAGGUUCGUCUUCUGCAUGUGGUAGAUUUAAUAAACAUACUUUGACUGAAACUGAAUGGGACCAUCUGAUCUUAAGAAUGCCUAUUUUUCUGAGCGUCUAAGUAGUGAACACAGUAAAUUCCACAUAUUUUUCCAAAAGUAUUGACUUGUUGAAACUCUGUACUUAAACUGAAUGAAGACAUUUGAGUGCAUUAAAAUUUCCGACAUCU